CUUUUAGUAAUACGAUAAACAUGAGCUUACACACAAAUUGGAGGGAUUGUAAGGAAUUGAAAGAACAUUUUCCAAUAUCAACGACCAGCAAUGAAGCUGCUAAACUAUUCGACGCCGUUGUCACUCAGUAUGUCGGCUGGUACAAUGAUCCUUCUGUUGGAGGUUUGGAUAAUUGUUUAGACAAAUUGCUGUCUGCAGAUGAAGUAUUUCCUAUGUCCCAUGUUCUCCUAAAUGGCCUUGAGAUAAUGUCUACUGGAAGUCAUCCUAAGUAUAAUGAAAAUUUAAGGAAGUCAUUACUGUUGAUGAACGAGACUGUUGGUGGGAAGACGCUUAACAAUUGGGAAGAGCGUCAUAUUAAAGCGAUUAAUCAAUGCGCAUCUGGAUCUAUGAAAACGGCCUGCGAUAUUUGGGAUGAUAUUUUAAUAGAUUAUCCCAAUGAUAUUCUCGCUUUGAAAUUUGCGCAUGAUUCAUACUUUUAUCUUGGUUAUCAGAGGAAAAUGAGAGAUUCAGUAGCCAGAGUAUUUCCUUCUUGGAAUAAAAGUAUUCCUCUCUAUGGGUAUUUACACGGGAUGUUGGCGUUCGGACUGUGUGAAACUAAUUUAUAUGCGGACGCUGAAAAAUCCGCCAAGACCGCUUUGUCAAUAAAUUCUAAAGAUGCUUGGGCUACUCAUGCUCUUGCUCACGUUCUAGAGAUGACUGGGCGACAGAUUGAAGGCAUAAGUUUUAUGAGUUCAACAGUAACUGAUUGGUCGUUUUGCGGUAUGUUAUCUUGUCACAAUUUUUGGCAUUGGGCUGUUUAUCACAUAGAAAAGGGAGAAUAUCAAGCAGCAUUGGAUAUUUAUGAUUCAGCUGUUGGUACAGCAUCAAUUAAAUCUGGGACAAUGCUAGAUAUUGUCGACGCUUGUUCACUAUUAUACAGAUUAGAGUUAGAAGGACAAAAAGUGGGAAAACGAUGGGAGGAAUUAUUUGAAACGUGUUAUAAGCACUAUGGCGACCAUACUUUAGCAUUUAAUGACUCCCAUUUAUUCAUGUGCUAUUCUGCGAAUAAAGAAAAAGACGUUGCAAAGGAUUUCUUAACAUCAUUGCAGAACUUCUUAACCGAGAAUCCAGAAGACUACCAAGGCAAAUGCAUUCGAAAAGUCGGACUAAAUGUUUGUAAAGCAAUUGAUUCGUUCGACAACGGAAAUUUUGAAGAUGCAGUUAACUUCUUACUUCCGAUCAGAUAUGAUAUCAUUAAAAUAGGCGGAAGUAAUGCUCAAAGGGACGUCUUUAAUCUGUUACUGAUUAAUAGCGCGCUCAAGUCUGAAAACGUUCAUCACAGGUUAAUGGCAAGGUAUGGAGCUAUUGUAUUUGGUUUAGAUUCUGUAUAA